AUGAAAGGCAGCGUCGGCGGUGGCCGGCCGAGCUUCCAGGUCUGCGGCGGAGAAAGGAGGCUGGAUAUAGUCAGCGGAAGAGGCCACUACAACAAUAACAACAACGGCGGCCUGACGUAUGCGACGAGCUACCCCUGGACGCCCGAUCCACCGCCGUUCCGGCCUGAAGCGGCUGCUCCGGCGGAGGCGGCGGCGGCGAAGCCGUGGGGAUUCGGUGACCCGGAUAUGAAGCGGCGGAAGAGGAUAGCGAAAUACAAGGUGUACACCGUCGAAGGUAGGGUGAAGGCCUCCAUAAGAAACGGGUUUCGUUGGAUAAAAAACAAAUGCUCCGACAUUAUCCAUGGCUAUUAA